ACAAGCACCUGAGUUGCUCAUUCUCCUCGCCGCCCCGUCUCUCCUCUCCUUCCAUUUCGAGCAGUCUUAGCUCUCAGGAAACCCCCGCGGCGCCAUUCACCUGGGCUCACCUUACUCGACCGUCCAUCAGAUCUUACAUUCUUACUUUGGAAAAGACGUGCAAGUAGAAAAGCGCGGGUCGCCGCGGCGCGUCCAUCAAUCACGCUUUCAAGAUCCCGCUAAAACAGCGACCGACCUCCUUCAAUCGUGCUUUAUUAAUCUACAAGCCGCACCGUGCCUCGCGGCGGCGAUCAGGCUGUGACUUGGAGCCAUAACCAAGAAGACUCGGGUCGGACCCUACGUCAUCAUCAACGUCAUCAUUUGUCAUUGUCGAGGCAUGUCUGCCUGUCUCCAAGACUCGGACUUCGCGAUGCGGGAUCGUCAUCACGAGUGUGGUGGCCACGUUCGCAAACAUCUUGGGCGACGGGAUGACGAUGUUCGCAGCGGCAACUCCGCUCAAACCCAAAUCCAGCUUGAAGCCCGAGGCGGCUCGUCGAGCUCCGCCAGGAUAGCGGCCAGCUGCGCCACCACUCUCACCGCCGCAGCUUCCGCUUCCGCCGCCGCCGCCGCCGCCGCCGCUACCGCCGCUGCCGCCGCUUCCGGCGCCGCAGCGGGCCAUCAGGCGAUGCCUAGCGCUUCCUCGCCGCAUUCUGCGCCGCAUUCCGCGGCGCAGCUUCCGUCGCCGAGCAACGCGGCGAGGAAGGUCCAUCAGGACGGCCUGCUGCUCCGAGCCGCGGCGCGCCUGACGGAAAUCGUCCACGCUGACGGCUACUGCUGGCUGAAGUACGGCGAGAAGCGCGUGACGGAGAAGUCCCUUCUCCGCUCCUACUACAAGUGCGUGUGGUCCAAAGCCGCCGUGCCGUGCCUCGCAAAGAAGGUCGUCGACGUGAACCCCGAUCAGCCGCUCAACUCGCGCACGCAGUACUCGGGCGCGCACAACCACGCGGAGACCGGCGCAAUGCCCAAGGACCUGCGCGGCGGAAAGUCCCCCGGCGCCGCCGCCGCCGCCGCCGCCUGUGGCGGAAAGUCCUCCCCCAUCGAGCCGCCGCUGCCUUCGCCCUCCGCCGCCGCCGAAUCCGCCGCGUCACCCGCCGCGCUGCCCUCCACGCACCGCCGCAUCCGCAACCGGUGGAACCCGCAGGACCCGGUUUGCGUCUCCGCUCCCGUCGCCGCCGCCAUCGCCGCCGCGAUUCCCGCCGCCAGCGCCGCGGUGGACUGCGAGAUGACCGAGCCGCGCCAGUCUGGAAACGCCUGCGACUCGGAGAAGCCGAUUCGAGCGAAAACGAGCCAAUCACCGUCGAGGAACGGUUUUGACGCUCCCUCUCGGUCUGCUAUCGCGUCGCCCGGUCACAAGCGGUCGAGCAGUGAUGACGGAUGUGACAAUAAUGAGUAUGCGUGUUUUAUCGAGGCGAAAGGACGCUCCGCGCCUAAGAGGCGGGCCGGCUCGAUGGAGGGCCUCACGGUGUGGUCGCCUGUCGGCGCAGCCAAUCAGGAGCAAGGGAUGGGACGGUCGACGGAUUCCGUCAGUGCCAAGGCUAACGUUAACGUUUUCCGUCAACCGCAAAAUCAGCAGCAGCAGCAGCAGAAGGGUGACUACAAGCCGAUUCGCGUGACGGAUCCUGGUGGCAACUCGAACCCCGCGGCAUCACCACCACUCACAUCCACGGCAGACGAUAACGUCAACGUCAACGUUAACGUCAACGUGAGCGGCAACGCGAACGUUAAUGGGCACGCGUCGUCCGGUAUGGUAGAGUGCGACGCGCUAGCGUCGCCCCGGGGGGGGCCGGCGGCGACAUGCGAGGGCGGCGCGGCGGCUGGUGUGUUCUUGAGUCCGUUGCAGGCGAAAAAGAACCGUUUGAAGCUGACUCAGUUACAGACGGAAUUCGAUAUAGUCACCGGCGACGAACCUGAACCGCUCGUUCUUCCAGCUGGCGAGAUGGGCCACGUCAGCAGCGCGCCAGCCGCGCCCACCGGUCGGAGCGAGUCGCGUUUCUUAUCCCCCCGCGGUGCGAUUCCCCCCUGCGACCCGCAAACCGCCAGCGCGAUUCGCCGUUGCCCCAUCACGCCACGUGGCGCCGCCGCCGCAUCUCCCGCCGGCGCCGCCGCCGCGAGUUUCUCGUCCGCGUCUUGGGAUGCGUUUCCUAGCCCUAGUCUAGGGAACACUGCAACACCCACUACUGCGAAUAGCGGGGCUGCUAAUAAAGGAGGAUUCCCCGGAUUCGCCCCCGCCAGCACCCCCACUAGUGCGUAUUGCCCCCCGCAACAGCUUCCGCUUCCGCUUCCGCUCCCCUCUCCGCGCGCGCACUUUCUGCCAGCGCCUCUUCCUUCCCCGCGCGCGCAAAUCUCCGCAGAUCCCUUCCCCCUGCCCAGUCGCAGUCCGCGCGCUGGUACUAGCUGCGGGAGCGGGGCUGGCGGGGGGAUUGGCGGAAGCAGCGCAGGCGCAAACGCAGGUGCUAUAGGCGCAGGUGCUGCGCGGAUGAACAGCAGAAGCAGCAGCGGAAUCAGCAGCGGAAACCCCUCAGGGGCUCCGCAUGACCUCUCCCCCUCCCCUUCCGCCCUCCUGCUCCCCUCGCUAACCGCGCGCCUGCCAGCCCCCCAAUCUUCCGCCAAGCUCCCCCCCCCUUAUCCGAACCCCUCCCCCGCCGCGUCACCCAGUGGUAACCACUCCAGCGCUGUGACUACAGCCUUAGGCCCGGUGGUAGGCUCGGCUCUAGGCUCGGCGCUAAGCUCGGCGCUAGGCUCGGAAACUGGCGUAGGGAGGCUCGCUGCAGAGCUUUGCCGUUUGCAAGGCAGCAGUAACAGUAACACUGGUGCUGGAAACCACAGUGGCGCUGGUAACCACAGCGGUGCCGGUAACCACAGUGGGGCUGGUAACAACAACGGCAGUGGUAACCAUGAAGACGGUGGUAACCGGGAGCAAACGCUAGUGGCUUUGGCGACGGUUGUAGCAGCGGUGGCGAUUGCGGCUCAGAAUAAGCAGAAGAGGGAGGAGGAGAUUCGGCUGCAGCAGCAGAGGCAGCAUGAGGAAGAAAGACAGAAGCUUCUGGGUCUGUUGAGAAAGUAUCAAGUGCUGCUGCAGAAGCAACAAGAGGAGGGACAGCAGGAGCCGCAGCAGACACAGCAGCAGGAGAAAGAGCAGCAGCUGAAGCACCAGCUGCUAAAACAGCAGCAGUUGCAGCAGGAGCAGCAGAAAGUGCAACAGCAGAAGCGGGAGGAGGAGAGGGAGAGAAUGAGGAAGCAGAGGCAGCAGCAGCAAGAGAUUCAGCAGCAGGAGCUGCAGCAGAGGCGGUGGCAACAGGAGCAGCAGCAGCAGCAGCAGCAGCAAGAGGUUCAGCAGCAAGAGCUGCAGCAGCAGCAGCAGCGGCAACAGGAGGAGCAAGCGAAGCGGCUUCUGCAGCAGUUGCUGCUGCUACAGCAGCCGAAGCAACAGCAGCAACAAAAGCAGCAGCUGCCACAGCCGCAGCCACAGCCACAGCCGCAGCCACAGCCCCAGCCACAGCCACAGCCCCAGCCACAGCCACAGCCGCAGCCACAGCCCCAGCCACAGCCACAGCCGCAGCCACAGCCCCAGCCGCAGCAGCAGCAGACGCUGAACACUACUGCCCCUGCCGCUGCCACACCUCAUCCCAUCACCACUGAAGCCGACAGCAAUGCUGCUAGCAUCAGCCUCCUGCUAAAGCUCCUAUCCAGCAAGCUGCAAGGGCAACAGGUGGUAACACCCGUAACUGACACUACUGACAGCAGCAGCAUGACUGCUUCGAGCACCGUCAGGCCCCCUCUCUCCCCUCAGCUCUCCCCCCAUGCUGCUGCUGCUGCUGCUUCCCUACCCCCGCCGCCACUACCGCUUCCCGCUGCCGCUGCCACUGCCACUGCUGCUCCUCUUGCUUCUCCUUGUGCUCCUCCUCCCCCUCCUCCUCCUCCUCCUCCUCCUCCUCCUCCUCAUCGUCCUCCUCCCUCUCUCGCUCCCUCGCACCAACCCACCGGACCCAUCCCUUCUCUACACGCUCUGUUGUUGAGUCUGUGUCAAAGGGAGCUGAACAGUAGUCCUGCUGCAAGUCCUGCCAAUCCAUGCCGCUCGGGCAGCGGCACGACUGUCGGGAACGAGGCCGUUUCUGGCACUGGCGCUGGGUGCACGCCUGCUGAGCUGGCAGCUUCUGCUGACCUGGCAGAGGCUGCUGACGUGGAGCUUGAGGAUGCAACCGAGCCAGCUGGCAAGUCGCUGGUUCAGCUGGAUCAGAACACUCCAACUGACAAAGAUCCUGUGACGGAAAACUGCCAAGAUACUGACAACUGUCAUGUCACUGACAACUGUCCUGUAACAGACCCUUGGGCCUGGUUACCAGCUGGGGCUGAUGCCAUGGAGUUUGAGGCAGCAGAGGGGAGUGGAGCCCUUUCCCAUGUGCCGCCUACCGCCGCUGCUGCCGCUGCUGCUGGCGCUGGCGAUGGGGAUGCUGCCGAUGGUGCUCCAUCCAAUAAAUAUAGCUCGCCCAAAGAAACCGCAGCAUCUGAUGUGGCGGGUGCUGCUUCAGAUAAUGCUACUGUUGAGUGGGGCAUGGGACAUGGACAUGCUUACAAUAAUGAUACCGCUCAGUAUUCCCAUCCGGCUGCUGCUGCUGCUGCUGCUGCUGACAGUGGUAGUGCAGCAGCUGCUGCUGGUGUUGAUGUUGCCACUGCUGCUGCUGCUGCUGGUGUCGGUGGUGCUGCUGGUGGGGCAGCACACCAGCUCUCUCAUCUCGAGGGUCUGCUGGACUGCAGUCAGCCUCUCCUGGACAUGUGUGCAGCCAGCGACUUCUUCAGCCUCAAAGACCUUUUGGCAGAUUUCUGAGUCGACUCAGAAGUCUGCUGCUGGUGCUGGUGCUGCUGGAGGUGCAGACGGUGCUGCUGCCCCUGGUGUUGCUGACGGUGUUGCUGCUGGUGCUGCUAGGAAAGGGUUUUAGCUAGGUAGGCAAGAGUAGCGAGAGAAAAAAAGGGGUUUGACUAGCCACGAGAGAGGUACCAGAAGGGGGUUGUCCUCUCUACAGUAGGAACCAGUACUUUGUAGUACACCUACCUAGCCUACACACACAUAU